GGAGCCGCACGCUGCAUAGAUCACCACACACAUAUAUACAUACACACACAUUUGCCGACGAAAAACAACAGUUUUACAACCGCAAACGUGCUUUUCCAUAGUAAAUUAAAAUAAAUAUAUAAAGCGUUAACCGCUAAACGUGAUCUCCCUGCAGCCCGGGGGCUUUAGGAGUCUGCAAGGAAGUCAUCAUGUGAAGAAAAAAAAACAAAAAACAAUAUUUGAUAAACGGACAAACGGGCUGGAUCAUAAGGAAAAAGCUUAAGUCUGAAGGAAAGGAAGUAUGGCUGAGGUUUACAGUCAAUGAAGUCUGAGGGGUGUUUUUUAGCGUGACAGAGGUGGAGCUUACUCCACACUGGUGAGACACAUUUCUCUCUGAGGAGGCCUGUGCUGUCGACCCCCCGAAAACCCACCAUCCUCCAGCCAAGAGCUGUUGCAGGCGCAGCACCACAACAUGCAUCUGACUCCCACUGUCACGCAGGAGCAUCUCACCGCAUGCUAACACAUAACGGAGCUGCCAUUCUCACCUCCUCAGAGCAGUCAAACUAUGGAACAAACCACUGGUGCAAGCGGUAUGUCCGUGGAUGAUAAGUCUGAAGCUCCCAUGUAUGUGUAUGAGUCGACGGUGCACUGUACCAACAUCCUACUGGGUCUGAAUGAGCAGCGGAAGCAGGGCCUGCUCUGUGAUGUGACCGUGCUGGUGGAGGGAAAGGAGUUCCGCGCACAUAGGGCGGUCCUAGCAGCCUGCAGCGAGUACUUCCUACAGGGCUUUGCCACACAAAGUGACAAUGAACUGAUUCUCAGCAUGCCAAACGAGGUCAGUGCCCAGGGAUUCGCUCCAUUGUUGCAGUUCGCCUACACGGCUAAGCUGCUGCUCAGCAGAGAAAACAUCCAGGAGGUCAUCCGCUGUGCCGAAUUCCUGCGCAUGCACAACCUGGAGGACUCCUGCUUUCGCUUUCUGGAGGCCCAACUGCGCAGUGAGGAGGAUGGCCUUCUCUGUCACAAGGUGGUAUCUGAGAACAAUCACUCUGAGGAUGAGAGUAUGCAGUCUGAGGUGUUGACAACAUCGACAACUUCAGUGACCCUGUCUGAUUCUCCACACUCUCGUCUUUGCACUGAGGCCCUGAACUCCUUGCGGCAGCCAGACCAUGAACAGCUGGCAGCAGCAGAAGAUUUUGCUGAAGGGCAGAUGGACUUUGAGCGACAUGGCACCUCGGACCUGCCACGAUGCCCUAAAUAUAGGAAGUACCAGUGGGCAUGCAACAAGCACAAUAAUGAUGUCUCCUCACACACCAGUACCUCAGGUUUUCCAAGCACAUUCAAGGAGAUGAGCAGGCCAGCAGUGAUGCAAAUCAAACAGGAGCCACGCAGCGAGGAAGAGUCCAUCUCGCUUUGCCUGUCAGGGGAUGAGCAGGACGGAAGGGAAAAUGACAGUAUGACUGAGAUGGAGCUGGAUGGUUCCAUUGCAGUGGACCAACCUAAAGGCAGCAGCAAGUCACCCACCUGCCUACGAAAUCUCUUCAGGAAAGAUCUGCCUAGCACACCCCAGCAGAUAUUUGCAAACAGACUCGUCAAUGCCCAGGACAAAGGAACCACUCAGGGAGACCACAAUAAAGACUACAGGCCUUCGCUCAGCAGCGAGCCUGGCAUGCCUGUGGUGUUCCCCAAAGAUGCUGAUGGUUUCCCGCCAGGGAUCUCGCUGAAAUCAGCUUCCUGUGAUGGAGUGUGCAAACAAGAGGUGGAGCUGGACCGCCGUAGUGUCAUCUUCUCCUCAGGGGCCUGUGACCGAACAGGUACACCCACCCACUCGCAUCCCAGCGGGAACUCAUUGGAGAAAGAGCUCUCAAAGGACAUGUCAAAGGGACUGUGGGCCGGCGCCAGCCAGUCCCUCCCCAGCUCCCAGACCUACUCCCCCAGCACCACAGUCAGCGACCUGCCCCUGCUCUGCCGCCAAAGGCCCAACACCAGCUGCCCAGUGCCAAUCAAGGUAUGCCCACGAUCGCCCCCUUCAGAGACCCGCACCCGGACCUCCAGUUCCUGUUCCUCAUACUCUUACGCUGAAGACGGGAGUGGCGGUUCCCCCUGUAGCCUGCCGCAGUUUGAGUUUUCUUCCUCACCGUGUCCCAAUGUGACGCAAUGUCUCCCCGCCAAUCCGCAGGAGUCAGGUGGCGGGACAGGGAUGCUAUACACACGGGUGCGACCCAAGAUUAAGUGUGAGCAGUCGUAUGGAACCAAUUCCAGUGAUGAGUCAGGGUCCUUUUCAGAGGGUGACAGCGAAUCAUGUUCUGUUCGGGAGCAAGGCCCUGAGGUCAAGCUUCCUUUCCCUGUUGAUCAAAUCACAAAUCUUCCACGCAAUGACUUCCAAAUGAUGGUGAAAAUGCACAAGCUGACCUCAGAACAGCUGGAAUUCAUCCACGAUGUGCGCCGACGCAGCAAAAACCGCAUCGCAGCUCAGCGCUGCCGCAAGAGGAAACUGGACUGCAUCCUCAACCUUGAGUGUGAAAUUCGCAAAUUGGUUUGUGAGAAGGAAAAGCUGUUGACGGAGCGUAACCAGUUGAAGGCGUGUAUGGGAGAGUUAUGGGAGAACUUCUCCUGUCUAUCUGAGGAGGUGUGUCGAGACGUGCAGCUGAGCCCAGAACAGGUGCAUCACUACUGCCCCGUACUGCAUCCCGGCAAUGCAUCCUCCAUCACCCCAGGCAACCAGGAUCUGCACACCGGCAGCAUUGACCUCACUAAUUGCCCCACUCCCGACCAGAGCUUUCUAAAAUCAGCUGCCACAACAGACAAGAAAAAGCGACCAAGAUCAACACAAUGGAAGACCGGAAACGGAUCAGAAAACGCAGGCAACGACAGGGAGGAGCAAGAAGCUGGGUCUGCCUAUUUUGAGGCAGGGCUUCCCUUGGAACAGUCGAAUCAGACGGUGACAGUAGACUUCUGUCAAGAGAUGACAGAUAAAUGUACAACCGACGAACAGCCCAGAAAGGACUGUACCUAAUGAUGGUGGUUUCUCUGUGUUUAUUUGUUUGUUUAUUUGUUUUUAUUAUUUAAUUUAGUUAUUUUUUCUGACAAACCCUCAAAACUCGAGGGCUGUUGAGAUGGCCAGCCUCUGCCAGUGUUUUUAAUUAGUUUUUUUUUAUAUUUAUGUCUUUUAAUGUCUUUUUUAAACAAAGGUUGACACUACAGUUGUCUUAACAGCAGCAAUACUGUUCUCCAGGUUCUUGCUCAUUCAGCCAUGGCAGAGGGGCUGAGACCUUCUCGCAGAAAUUCACGAUGGUGCUACACCUUUUCAUGAUAGUGACCUCUUCUGUGGCCACACUGUCUGUUUCCUAUUACAGUCCAUUCAAAUGGGAUGGGCUCUGACCACAUCUCAAAUUCAGACCUCUACGGACCUAGCAGCAGUUUUUGCUAUCUCUCUCUCUCUCUCUCUCUCUCUCUCUCUCUCUCUCUCUCUCUCUCUCUCUCUCUUCCCCCCUCUGACAUCUAUUCACUGUUCUUUCCCUCUACCUCCAAAUCUCUGUCUCUUUUCUCUCUCUCUUUGUGGCCCUUGUCACAGUAAAUUCAAACUCAGGAAAUAUUCUGAAUGUUCAGUAUAAUUCAUGAAAAAAAAAGUAAGAAUACAGAUUCUGUAUACACAAAAGUUUCUUUUUUUUUCUACAGCAGCUAGACUGUAAAUGUCCAUAUGCAAAAAUGUCUUCUGCAUCAUAUGUUUGUAGUGUCUGUGUAACGCAACACUUAAUUUGUACAGAUGGUGGUAUCUAAAAACAUUCCUUCUUUGCCUUCCACAGCACUAAUACGAAAGUACGAUGGAAAGACAGAUGAGUAAAGAAUGAUUCAAAUAAUUGUUUCAGCCACCUUUUGCAUCAGCAAUACUGUACAAUUUGGAUGUUAUUGAGGAUUAUGUACUAAGUGCUUUGCUUGGCAGAAAGUGUAUUGUAAAUAAUAUGGAGCAUGGAGACAGUCUGAGAAAUAUUGUACAGGUAGAAACUUAGAUGGUUUAUUUGUUUUAAUUUUUUCUCUCUCUGGGGUUUGAUCAAGCACCUUUUGUCACGAAGGGAAAAUCGUUGCUGUUUCCUGUCUCAAAUGAAUUCCCCACAACAAUGGCCGUGCUUAAACUCAGGAAACUAGCAUUCUUACGCUCAAGCAUCCACACGCAUGCACAGACACCCGCACACACGCUCGUAUACGAAAGGAACACAGACCCCCAGUGCAGUGCAAAGAGCCCCUUGCAUGUAAUUUGGAUGUUAAUGGUGUGGAUGAUGUCAUGUGCGUAGUGACCUCACCGCCCUCAGUGAGCUGUUCUUCUUUAAAUGUGAAAAGAGUCCCAGCUUGAUGUGCUUUUCUGAGAAAACCUUAUUUGUUAUCAGUAUUUACAGAUGCUGCGCAUGGGCUGGUGUUCUCACAGACACCACUCGAAACAAUUUCAUUGUUAUGUUAGAAAAGGUCUCCAUAAACCGACACCCUUUCAUUGCCCUCACCUCCGGCACUUUCUCUCUUUCCUCUGUCAGCACUCUUUGACCAUUUAGCACUUCUGAAAGUGUAGAUUUCAUUAUCAGGACGCUGAAAAAGUCUCAAAUUGAAGCACUUAACAUGGUCGCUUAAAAGCGUCUCAAAAGGCAGAUUAUCUGAUAAGUUUUAGUUAUAUUAACAACAUAAAGAACAUUUUCAGGAAUUUGAUUCAUUUGUGUCAUUGAAAAAAUAUAUUAAGUUCAAUAUCGCAAUACGAGGGAGUGUUCACAUCAAAUAUUUAUGGAAGACACUAAAAAAGCUGAAAAAAGCUGACAAUUGGAUGGAAUAAACCCAUUUUUAUAAGUUGUCCUAUGUAUUUCCCUUUAUUGUACAUUUGUUAGAUGAGUAUAUCCAUACUAAUGGGAUUGCAUGCUGCCUGUAUAUUUUAUAGAGUUUGUUUAGACUUUCUUUACCUCAAGAUGUAGUCUUUAGAAAAAUGGUUUUAAUACCGGUGAGUUCACUCUGGUUUCAAUGAGCAAAAAUGACUUGAAUAACUGGUUAAAAAUGUGUUAUAUACGGUUGUAGGGAUGCACUGAUUUGGUCACUGAUAUUUAUCAGCCAGUGUUUGACCAAAUUAAAACCAUCUGCAAAUUGGUACUAAGCAUGAAAACGCAGAUAUGAAAAAACCUAUGGUUAAUUUAUAAUGAAUUAUCACACUUUGUAAAAAACUCUUUGAAUUCAAAUGCACAAUCCAGAUAUAAUGAUAGCCACAGAAUGUAGACUGGUUAGCACUCCUAAGAACAUGUCAUAUUUAAUUUUAUUCUUUAUCGUUCUCACAUUGAGGAAAAAAUGUUGUUACAGAUGUGAUAGUUGUGAAAGGGGCACUUACCUACAGUAAACAUGAUGAGGUAAAACCAUCCAAAACCAUUCUGAGACAUUGAUAUGGUAUCCAUUAAUGCUUCAUGAUUGAUUGAGCUAAGAUUGAAAUUGCAAUAUGAUCUUGCGCUGAAAGCCUACUUUUAAAAAUAGACUGCAAUUCAGCAUUGUGUAAGCAAGCGGCACCCUCUAGCGGUUUGGUUUUGAACUGCAAAAUCAGAAAUGCUAAAAUGUUUUACAAGUACAGAAUAACCUUUUGUUCACAUUAAUCAUCAUGCAAUGUUAUUUAGUUAUUUUACAAUUAUUGUUUUUAUCUGUUAUUUUUCUUUAAUUGUGGCUCUCAUUUUUGGCCUGUCGUGCGUUCAACAGAUCCAAUCCAUGUUCAAUGGAAAUUAUUUAAUGUAAGAAAAAAGUUUUUGUACCUCCCAAACUGUAAUCUGAUGGCAAAAUAUCGGUAUCGGGCAAAAUGUUCAUAUCAGUGCAUCCCUAUUAUAAAGAUUUGCCUGUUGGAGAAAACCCCAGCUGUGUGUGUGCAUGUGCAUGUGUGUGCGUGUGUGUGUGCAAGAUCUCCCAAUGUGUAAUGCAACACAGUUGGGAAUGCCAUUGGUCCCCUAGAGAUACAGUGUAUGUGUGCAUGCUUGUGUAUUUGUGAGUCUGAUUGUUUGAUAUUGUUUGAUAUUCAGAUGCAUUUCAAGUUCUCAGACAUACAUACCUUUCUUUCUCCCUCUUGUAUGCAAGGCACAUGUACACACAUGCACAUAUGUACACACUUAAACAACCACACACUCAUACUUGGAGUGUUCUCUCCUAGGGAUAUAGAAUCUAGAGGUGUUGUGAUGGUUAGUUGUGCUGUUGUUUUUCUUGUGAAUCGGUUCUUUCUCUCUUUAUCUCUCUCACUUAGAACAAUAAAAUAUUUAAACAAUAUUUGACAUUUCUAAAUUGUAAUCAGGUACAAGACUAGAACUAAAGAUUUAUGGGUCCAGGUGGACAUUUGUGCACACAUAUGCAAAUCAUCCCUAUAAUGAUACUUGUUUUGCUGAUUUCGUGUUGUAUAAAUAAUGAAUAAUGAAAGGUGGAAAGCACGAACUUCCAUUUGACAAGCACACUGUCGUACACUUGAGAAUCUACGUCCACCUUUGAGAUGAAUAAACAGUUUUGACAUUUCUAGUGGGGGAAAAGGUCCCACUUGCAUCAAAGCUACAACAACAGGCAUUCAAAAAUCUUCCAGAGAUUCCCAAUUCCACUUUUUAUGGUCCUAGCUGUUUGUGUUCCUCAGAUAGCAAUGUAUUUGUCAUGUAUUUGUGGGCUGUACAUGGUAUGGCUGACUCAUCACACUUGGCCUUAAGAGCCUGGGGAUCUUUUGGUUCAGGCUGACAUUUCGAUGUAGAUGUAGAUGGAUAGAAGAGAUGGUUAGACUUGGAGUUUGAUCACUUGGUGGUGGAAUUCUGAUAUCUGUUAGCCUCUGUUACUAAACGCUGCAUCAUGUUUGCCUCCAUGGUGACUUCAAGGGUUCAACCUGGUCGCCCAGUUACAGAAAGCCUCACAGGUUUAAAUAAGCUUAUUUGCUCUCCUCUCAACAACACUUAUGCUAGUUUUUGUUGUUUUACAGAGGUUUUAUUUUCGUAUCAGACUUGUGGUUGCUCUUGUAUCUUGUCUCAGGGUGCGUUCCAACAGUUUUUUUAAUUUGGUUUUCGUAUCUACUUCGUACAAGCUCAGCUUGCUUUUCUCUGCAUAUUUUUUAUUGCGUGUUUUACUUUUAUGUGUGUGUCUUUUGAUUCUUAUAAAGCUAAUGGGUGAUAAGCAUGGUUUUUAAAAGUUUCUAAGCUAGGGUUAAUUAAUGCAUAGAUACAAAAAAUUCGAUUUGCACAAUUAUUUUGGAUGAAACCCAACAAGGGCUAUGGGGUAUAUCAAAGUAAAAUCCAGUCAUUAGUUUUUGGUUUUAAAUUUGGCUGAUAGAGCUAAUCUGUUUCUAAGAUAACUUUCAAUCUGCAGUUUGCAAUCAGCUAAAAGCAAAUGCCUAUUCAAAGUAUAUUUUAAGCUGCAGUAAAUGUUACUUAGUAUCGAGUACCAUUACUGUAAAAGAAAACACCCUCUUCUUCGUAAGCUCCUGUUUUGAAUUCAAAUUGUUGUUUAAUUUGGUUGGUUUGUUUAAAUUGUGCUGCUUCUCUGAAAUAUUAACACUGGCGUUCCAAAGGUUGCUCUUUUGACAAGGAUAAAAACUUGCCUUUUUUCACAACUUGCUUAACUUUAUAAAACAUUUGGUAUUCCCACUGAACACACAAGCUCAUCAAAACAGCGUAACAAAAAGGCAAAAUGUUUACAAAAAAAAAAGUUGUCACAUUUUUAUGAGAAUUUUGCCAUGUACAUAGAAAUUGCGUGGCUAAUUUGAAUGGGUAGGUUUAGUAUUCUGUCCUUUUGUUUUUGUAUGUUUUUAAAAAAUCAAGAGAAAUGGCCGUUUGAUAACUAUGCUCCUUUUCCUCAAGUUGUCUUUUCACCUGACGGGGAUGCUCCAGUAUUACAUGAAUACAAAAUGCACCUCCAACUUUGCCUUAGAACUGACAGAGGCCAUAGUUCACAUUCAAGUGAAGUGUGUAUGCAGGGGCAAUGAGCCCCCAUAUUUCGGCUAGCAGAGCAGACUCUCUCUCACACUUAUCUACCUGUGAAAUCCUUCAUACCUCUCAUAACUGGUCAAUGACUGUAUCAGCAAACUGCAUCAGGUGUUUUUUCUACAUGCUUUUUACACAGAUUAUAUGGAUUAUUGUAUUGGUAGAAAUCAGUGCAUCAUUUUUAAUGGAUUAGCUCUUUGGCUUGUAGUCACAAACAUUGUUUUUCUCUUUAUCUCUCUUUCUGACUCUUUAUCUCGUUUUUCUCUAGGAGACUGUUUUGUGUUAAUAUUGUCGAUUUGAGGUAGUUGUUUCUUUGCUUAUUCUGUACUAAGAGUUUUUCCUUUGUUUUUCUCCUUUGUUUUUUUUUUUUAUCAAAUGCUUCAUGACCCUUAUGAAUUUAAUGACUUCAAAACCAUUGUACAUACGGUAUUGUGCAGGACUCGUUUUCAUGCAUUUCAAUUGCUAGUGUUAUAUAAAUGACAAAUUUUGUCUAGACACCAUUUCUGUUUAUGAAAUAAAGAAACAUAUCAUGAAUGUUGUUGCAUGGUUGCUUGAUUCUCCAUUAUGAUGACACAUUUUGGCAGACAGUACAUUAAAACUGUAGUUCAAUUAUAAGAUUUAAAAUAUUACAUUUAGAGUAUAAGCUUAUAUUGAUGUACAUGGUAAUGAGGCCAGGGUCAUCCAAUAUGCUGAAAUCAUUUUAUAGAUCUAUAUGUGAUGGUGCCACUAAAGAAAUUUGUCCAAGAGUAAUUUAGUCAACAAAAUACUUUGGGUGAACACUCUUCGAUCACAUGUGAUACAAACGCAAAAAAUUGUUCAGUACAGAAUACUGUGUUAGAAGAUACACUCUCAUGUGUAGUUCACCACUAGAUGGCAGAAAAUCACAUCCUUGUGGUAAGCAUGGCGUCACAUUGUUUAUGACAAAAAUAUGGUAGUUUAAGAGAUUAUACUAUUCAAAUUAAAUUACAUUUUAAAAUUAGGCAUAGUUCUCCCAAAAUUGUAUAUUCUGUCAAUUCCAUAAUUUUCUCACCCUCACGUUGUUCUAAAUCCACAUGACUUCCGUAUGACACUAAAUUAGAUGUAAAGUAUAUUAUGCAGUAUAUUAUUCACCAUUCAUUUUCAAUCUUUUUUUCAUACAAUGAAAGCGAAUGGUGACUCAGGUUGUCAUUCUGCCUAAAAUCUCAUUUUGUGUUUCUUGGAAGAAGAAAAACGUCAUAUGGGUUUGGAACAAUAUGAGGUUAAUUUAGUGACAAUUGUUUUGGUGAACUAUCCCUUUAAAUAAUGAAGUAGGAUGAUCAAUGUUCUGACAAUAAAAAUCACAGUGAAUACAAAAGCACUUUUAGGGUUUGAACAUUUGCUACAAAUAUUUGAAAGCAUACUUUAAAAGUGCACUCAGUAAUUUUUUUCCUCUAUAAAAAGUCUUACUUCUAAAGAAAUUAAUAGUCAUUUUGAAACAUGUGUAUAAAAUCAGGACCCCUCGUGUGAGAUGAAGAGUUCAGUCAUAUCAGUAACCUUAUAAAAGCCGUUUUAUUCUACAUAAUGCAGGGGUGCCUCAUGGGGGCAGCCAUGUUAGCAUCACAUGACCAGCUGAAUACUACUUGCUUAAUCACAGUAACUGACACAUUCAUUCAUGGAUUAAAUAAAACCUGGCUUACUGUGCAUAGUAAAUUUCUGCAAUGGCAUUGGUAACUGAAAACUACUGUGUUUGAGUGGUGCAGCAUCCAGGCCACUAGGUGUCAGUAUAAGCCAUACUUCGACAUACCAAAUUACUGAGUGCACCUUUAAAGUAGAGGAUACAAAAAACAUGAAACUUAUUCACUGAU